AUGCUCAAAUCAAAGGAUGUCAAACAUGCGAAUGUCAAAUACAAGCAAUUGUCAAAUAAUAAAGUUCAAUCGAUGUCUCCAGAGUUGAACCAUCGAAAUACAAAGACCGAUCCAUCGGAUGAUAGGGACAAGCUAGUCAGCCCGACGCCUUCUCAAAAGUCCUACGAGAAACAAUCAACAUGGAAAGAAUUUUGCGAUAAAACAACAGCUCAUGGAUUUAAACGAUACUUGCUGAGCCAUUCGAAGCUCAGUUCCUUUCUAACAUUGCUAUUUAAAUGGCAGCGAAGAGAGAAAAUCACGACAAUAUCGCUCAAAUUCGACCACGUCGAGUUCCCAGCGAUCACUUUUUGCAAUUUGAAUCCAUACAAGCGAAGUCUCAUCCAAUUGGUGCCAAGUAUACGAGAUACGAUGGAUGUUUACGAUAAUGCGAAAACUUCAAACAAAGGUGAUGAUAAGCCAAGGUAUUUGCGAAGAGAACAAGCGGCGAUGGCUGUGCAAAGAGUACGCGAAUUGUUCGCCGAUGAGAUGAAUGAUGCGUUGGAGGAUUUGAAAGAAUCGCUGGAACAGCGGACAAAAAGACAGACCAGACGCCGCUAUGAAGCCAUCGAGGCACACUGCAAAUGUGUUGGAAAGCUCGAUAUGGAAUGCAUUCGUUUCGCCAGCCCGCCAACACAUCAGAAUGCAAAAUGCGUGUGCACUUACGACCACGAGCAGGGAACAGCUUGGCCGUGUUUCAAUCAGAGUAUCUGGUACGAUCAUCUCUGCCCAUCUUGUAUCUCCGAUGGCUACUGCAAUGCGUAUCUGGACGACACUGAUGAGCAAACAGCCUCUUCACCACAACCCUGCAAAUGCCGAAAUCGUACCAAUGACUACGAGGUUGAUAAUAAGCCAUACUGCAUCAGCCAGGCACCGGUGGAGAUUUUGAAGCUCUGGAAGCCAGGGAAUUUUACUACUUGGACAACGAGCACAACGACGACCACGCCGAAACCGACGACGAGCACAACCACAACAACCACUCCAACCACCACAACAAGCUCCACGUCCACCACGACAACCACGACGACAACCACAAGUACGACCACAACCACAACGACCACAACAACCACGACAAGCACAACCACAACCACCACUACACCCACCACCACAACCACCACAACAACUCCUUUCUCCAAACCCGGUCAGAGUGCUCGAGUGAGAGAUCCAGAGACAAUUCAGGCGAUGGGAUUCGGGGGAAUGACUGAUGGAGUAGCAAUGUUGACAAAAGCUAAAGAGAAUCUCAUGUUCACAAUGGCCGCCCUUUCGGAGAGUCAACGAGUGGCGUUGAGUUACGAUUUGGCUGAAUUCGUUGAGAUGUGUUCGUUCAAUGGGCAACAAUGCGAUAUCGAUAUUGGAAAAGAUUUCAAGAGGCACGUUGAUCCAGAAUUUGGAAACUGUUACACGUUCAACUGGGAUAUUAACAACAAUUACACGAGCAGUCGAGCCGGACCGAUGUAUGGCAUUCGAGUGCUCCUCUUUGUGAACACUUCUGAUUACAUGUCCACAUCUGAAUCUUCGGGUGUUCGGCUUUCCAUUCAUUCGCCCACUGAAUACCCAUUCCCUGAUACAUUUGGCUACAGUGCACCUGUGGGAUUUGCAAGUAGUUUUGGGAUCAAAAAGAAAGUCGUUCGCCGUUUACCGAUUCCGCAUGGAGAUUGCGUUGAAAAUCGAAAUACAACUGAAGAUAUGGAAUAUAUCUAUCAAGGAUGGGAUUAUCAUCCAGAAAACAGCUUGCUGGAUGCUUGUGGAUGUGGAGAUCCGCGAUUUCCAGUUCCAAAAGGGAAAAAGCAUUGCUCGGCGUUUAGCAGUGAAUCAAGAAAAUGUUUGGAAGAGCGAUUGGGCAGUGUAAACGAUUUCCAUCAUGUGACAGAGAAUAUGGGCAAAUGCAAGUGUCAACCGAGUUGCGACGAGGAUGUCUACGAAGUUACUUUCUCGGCCAGCAAAUGGCCAUCAGGCGCCACUGAUACAGGAGGACUCCACGGGCUUGGUGACUGUGAGGGAAGGAGUCCGGAGGAGUGCGAGAACUAUUACAGGCUCAAUGCGGCGAUGGUGGAAGUCUUCUAUGAACAGCUCAACUACGAACUGCUACAAGAAUCGGAAGCUUAUGGGCUAGUCAAUCUGAUUGCUGACUUUGGAGGGCAUCUCGGCUUGUGGAUGGGCUUCUCCGUGAUCACCGUGAUCGAAUUCAUUGUGUUGGUUGCCGAAUUGUUCGCUGUUUGCUUUAAAAAGGAGGAAAACGAGAGCAAUGAGAAUUCACAUGAUCUCACCGAGAAAGGAGGGAAAAUCUAUGCAGAUGCAAAGGAAAAAGAGCAAUUUUCAUCGAAA